AAUUGUAUUUUUGUUAUUUUGAUUGUUUGGAUUUUGAAUAGUGAAAAUUUUGAAUUAGAAUAACUAUAUGAUGUGAUGUGAUAUUUUGGAUGUAAAAUUAAUUUUUAGUAUAAUAUAAAAUCUAAAAAAUAGGAGUUUGAUUUUAUAUUUUUUUAAAAAAGGAAUUAGAUAAAUAGUAAAAUUCAGGGUAAAAAUUCACAAAAGAAAACUAUUUAUUUUGUUAAGGAAUCAGGUGAAGGGAUAAAAUUGAUAAAAUGGGCGUGGUACUGGUAAUGUGUAUAGUAGUUUUUGCACAUCUAAAUUUUGUAGUUUGUUUUCAAUGUCAUUAUUUGCUUCAGCUAUACAGAAUCGUUCCCAAACAGAGGGAUUCGAUUCUUCAAUAUUAUGGAAGACUUCACUUUUGCGUUUCGAUCUAUUAUACCUUUAGUCUCUGUUACCCGACAUUUAAAUUGAUUACAUGCUAUGAUGUUGCGUAUGAUAUUUCUACGCCUUCAGAAGUUCUUUUGUAAUGUAUUGUAUUCUCGCUUAACCAUCCUUAUAAUUUAACCUAUGGCACGGGAUUGGUAUUUUUAUCAUAAUUUCAGCCUUAAGAGCAGGACUGCAGUUUUUGUUUCCAAGCAGCUGGACGGUACAAGAUCAUUCCAUAUGCUGCGGAAUCUUCUCUGGGCGACGUCAAAACACGAUGUCUACCUAAUGCAAAACUACUCGGUGAUGCACUGGUCUUCCCUGCUAAGGAAGAGUAAAGAAGUGCUCAAUGUCGCCAAACCCAUCACACCUACCUUGAAAUAUCCCGGAUGCUUAGCGCAACCUCUUUCGAGAGUCCAGAUAAGCACCAUGACCGUUAAGGACAAUCUAAUGGUCGCCGGUGGUUUCCAGGGAGAGCUUAUCUGUAAGCGUCUAAAUGAGCCGGGAGUCGCCUUCUCGACAAAAGUAUCGACAGAUGAAAAUGCCAUUACUAAUGCAGUCGAUAUAUAUCGCAAUCCUAGCGGCGCGCUGACGGUAAUGACAGCCAACAACGACGCCAAUGUCCGAGUCAUGGACACCGAAAACUUCGUCUGCUUAAACCGAUUUGCAUUCCCUUGGUCCGUAAAUAAUACAUCCGUCAGCCCCGACGGAAAAAUGGUCGCAGUUCUCGGGGACAAUCCCGAAUGCCUAAUCGCCGACGCGCAAUCCGGGAAAUUUAUAACCGGGCUGACGGGUCACUUGGACUACUCAUUCGCGUCGGCGUGGCACCCGGACGGACGAAUCCUGGCGACGGGGAAUCAGGACAGGACAUGCAGAUUGUGGGAUGUAAGAAACCCGGCGCAAUCGGUGGCGGUGCUGGAGGGAAGAAUGGGUGCGAUCCGGACAGUGAGGUUCACGUCGGACGGUCGGUUCUUGGCGAUUGCGGAACCGGCGGAUUUUGUUCACGUGUACGAUGCGGAGUCAGGGUACGGGACGGGGCAGGAGAUCGACAUGUUCGGGGAGAUUGCGGGGAUAUCGUUUAGUCCCGAUACGGAGGCGUUGUUUGUGGGAGUUGCGGACAGGAUGUAUGGGAGCUUGUUGGAGUUUAGGAGGAGAAGGUAUGGUAAUGAGUAUUUGGAUUGUGUGUUUUAGAUGAUGUGCAUGCAAAAAUGCAAUGCAAGGAAUGGUUUUUGGGUGUAAUUAACAGCUGGGUUUUUGGAAGCUGUUGGGUUUGUAAAAUGUAUGUAUUUAUGUAUUAUACGUGUGUGUGCGUGUAUAGGGAUUGAUUGAUUUUUGUUUUAAUUUGUUUAUGAGCUUGUGGUGUAAUGAGAAUUGUACUGUCCGUAAAGGAUUUGUUCGCCCUUUGGUACAGUGGAUUCAAAUUAUCGAAUUAUAAACUUUUAUUUA